AUGAUGAAGUACAUAAAUAAUUUAAAAGAAAUUGAACAAAAAGUAAAACGUAUUUGUGAUCAUUUUUCUGUUAAUUCGCCAGAUAUAUUAAUAGUAACUAAAUAUGUAGGAAAAGAAGAAAUACACAAUAUACAUUCACUUGACAAUAAAUAUCAUUUCGGGGAGAAUUCUGUCGAUUCUUUAAUUGAAAAAUCUGAACAGCUAGCUAAAAAUAUAAAAUGGCAUUUUAUAGGAAAUUUACAAUCAAAUAAAUGCAAGAAUAUUUUAAAAGUUAAAAAUUUAUAUAUGAUAGAAACAUUGGAUAAAGAAAAGAAAGCUACCUUGUUAAAUAAUUAUUUGAAAAUUGAAAAUGAACUGAAUAAUAAUAAUGAGGAAUUAAGAAAAUUAUGUGUAUUAAUGCAAAUAAAAACAACAGAUGAUGAAACAAAAACUGGACUUACUCAUCAGAAUUAUGAUGAAAUCGAAAAUACUGUAUUGCAUAUAAUUAAUAAUUGCCAAUUUUUAAUAUUUAAAGGACUUAUGACUAUUUCUUCAUUAGAUAUAAAUAAAAGAGAAAAUUCUUUUGUCAUAUUAAAUGAUAUAAAAAGAAAACUCUUAAGCAAUCAAGUUAUAAAUAAUUAUUUUCUAAAUAAAACAUUUCAUAUGAGUAUGGGUAUGUCAGAUGAUAUGGAAUUGGCUAUAAAACAUGAAACAACUCAACUAAGAAUUGGAAGAGCAAUUUUUAAUUAA